UCUCAAGUUAAUCGCAACCCGAAUACAAAUCAACCUGACCUAUAUCGCCAAACCCACCGGCUAAGUUUUGCGAACCUAUCCUCGGCACCAUCACAAUCACUUUGAACCCAACCCCAGACCCUUUUCCGAUAAACCCCAGUAUGCAGUAUCUGUCAUCCUUCCCCAAAUUACUCCACACUUCUUCACUCUUUCACAAACACUGCAAAAUCCCCUCAAAACCUCAAUAAUCUCCAUGAAAUCUUGACCUUUUCUCUCAAUUUUUUUUUUUUCUAAUUCUCCCGAUUUUUCCACUAAAAUUCUCCAUUUCCAUAUGUUUUCAACAUGCCCACCUUCUUCAAACUCCAUUGUUAUUCCUCUUCAUUCAAUCCCACAUCACACUCUCCCCCAUUUCACUCACCACCCCCAUAAACGAAAAUUUCGAACUUCUUCCACCAAAAUUGUAGCAAAAAAUCAAUACCCAUGUCGUUCAAUCCUCUUUUUUAGGAAGAAUUCAUCUGGGGUUUGCUUCUCCAGUAAUUUUGAAGCUUCCCAAGUGGUUAAUUCUAGUGUAAGUUCGAGUAAUUGUGAUAAAAUUGAGGUGAAAGAUGGUUUGUUUAGCUGUAUUUCAAAGUCAGUUGUGUUUACAUUGUUAUGGAUUGUGAUUGGGAUGUGCCCAAUUCGUGGGCAUCAACCUAAUGCUAUUGCUUUGCCUGUGAUUAGUAGUUUGUUGUGGGGGAAGAAGGGGAAGAUUGUGAAGGAAGAGCCUACAUUGGUUUCAUGGAAGGAGCACGAGUUUUCGGGUUAUACACAGAGGUUGUUAGAGAGUGUUUCAGGUGUGUUGAAGGUGAUGAAGGAGGUUAGGGAAGGGGAGAGUAGAAUAGAGGAUUUAGAGGUUGCUUUGAAGGGGGUUAAAUCAAAGAAAAAUGAGCUAAAAGGUGAGAUAAUGAGUGCACUUUACGCCGAUUUGAGAGUUCUUAAGAGUGAGAAGGAAGGGCUGGUUAAUAGGGCUGACAAGAUACUUAUUAAGGUGUUGAGGGCUAAAAGGGAGCAGGAUAAAUUAUUGAUUGAGUUGAAGGAUAGUCGCGGCGAUGAGGAGGUGAGAGAGAGGAUAGAUAAGUUGGUGGAGGAGUUGGAUAGGGGUGAGAAGAAGUACAAUGAGCUGCAGAAGAGGAUUGGGGAGAUUGAGGAUAAGAUAUCGCGAAGGGAAACAAUGGUGUUUAGUAUCGGUGUGAGGGAGCUUUCAUUUGUUGAGAAGGAAUGUGAGCUCUUGGUGAAGAAAUUUAUUCUCGACAUUAGGCGAAAUGCAAGUCCACGUGAAAUGCCUUCUGUAGCAUAUUCUAGGAAUGAUAUACAGAAAGGCUUAGAAGCUGCUCAAAGAGAACACUUAAAACAGAUGGUAUUGCCUGGCGUGGUGGAUUUUGAUGAUGCACUUGGGCCACUCUUUGAAGGGGAGCUAACAAACUUUGCUCUGCGUGUAAAGCAAGCCCUUGAAGAAUCCAAGAAUCUGCAAAAAGAACUAGAGGCUCGUGUUCGAAAAGAUAUGAGAAAACACGGGGAGGAAAAGCGUAUUCUAGUGAAUACUUCAGAGGAUGAGAUUGUGAAAGGUUUUCCAGAAGUUGAAUUGAAAUGGAUGUUUGGCAGUAAAGAGGUCACGGUCCCUAAGGCUGUAAGCAUCCACUUAUAUCAUGGAUGGAAGAGAUGGCGUGAAGAUGCAAAAGCAAAGUUAAAAAAAAGUGUAUUGGAGGAUGUUGAUCUUGGUAAACAAUAUGUGUCUAAGAGACAGGAGCGCAUUAUAUUGGAUCGCGAUAGAGUGGUAUCGAAGACAUUUUACAAUGAGGAGAAGAAUCGGUGGGAAAUGGAGUCCAUUGCAGUUCCAUGUGCUGUCUCCAAGAACCUUGUGCAGUAUGCUCGAAUAAGGCACGAUUGGGGUGCCAUGUACAUUGGACUAAAAGGGGAGGAAGACAAGGAAUAUUAUGUCGACUUAAAGGAAUAUGAACUUAUUUUCAAAGAUCUUGGAGGGUUUGAUGAAUUGUAUCUCAAAAUGCUUGCAUCUGGUGUCCCGACUGCUGUACACGUUAUGUGGAUUCCACUGUCAGAGUUGAAUAUCUAUCAGCAAGCUCUUUUGGUGGCAAGACUGUCUCAUCAAUUAUUUAAUGGCAUAUGGAACAACCAAUAUGUCUCUCGUGGGAGAGAGUUGUUGUUGGACGAAAUAAAAUAUAUCAAUGAUGACGUGCUGAUGGUGUUUGUGUUUCCGAUUGUGGAGUUCCUAAUACCUUAUCCGUUGAGGAUAAGGUUGGGAAUGGCUUGGCCUGAGGAAUACGAUGAGACUAUUGGAUCAACAUGGUAUUUGGAAUUGCAAUCUGAAGCAGAGUAUAGUUUCAAAUCAAGAAAAUCAAAUACGCUCCGUUAUUACUUUUUCUUUCUCAUCAGAAGUGCUAUAUAUGGAUUUGUGCUGUAUCAUACAUUCCAGUUUAUGAGGAAAAAGCUCCCUAGAAUACUUGGUUAUGGGCCUUACCGCCGAGAUCCAAAUUUUCGGAAGCUUGGGAGAUUGCAAAGGUACGUGAAAUAUAAGAGGCGGAGAAUAUUAAGAAAAAGGAGAGCUGGGGUUGAUCCAAUCAGAACAGUGUUUGAUAGUAUGAAGAGAGUAAAAAAUCCACCAAUACCACUGAGAGAUUUUGCAAGUGUGGAUUCUAUGAGGGAGGAGAUUAAUGAAGUUGUGGCUUUUUUACAAAAUCCAAGUGCAUUCCAGAAGCUGGGAGCUCGUGCACCUCGGGGUGUUCUUAUAGUUGGUGAGAGGGGGACUGGAAAAACCUCCCUGGCACUAGCUAUUGCUGCUGAAGCCAGGGUGCCUCUUGUUGAGGUGAAAGCACAGCAGUUGGAAGCUGGACUCUGGGUUGGGCAAAGUGCAUCCAAUGUCAGAGAAUUGUUCCAGACAGCAAGAGACUUGGCACCUGUGAUAAUAUUUGUGGAAGAUUUUGAUCUUUUUGCUGGUGUCCGUGGAAAGUUUAUCCAUACAAAAAAGCAGGAUCACGAGGCUUUUAUCAAUCAAAUGCUUGUAGAACUUGAUGGGUUUGAAAAACAAGAUGGUGUGGUUGUGAUGGCUACUACAAGAAAUUUAAAGCAAAUUGAUCAAGCUUUAUGUCGUCCUGGUCGAAUGGAUAGAAUAUUUAAUCUGCAGCGUCCAACUCAAACAGAAAGAGAGAAGAUAUUGCGUGUUGCAGCAAAAGGAACUAUGGAUCCUGAUGUUAUUGAUUUUGUAGAUUGGAAAAAGGUAGCUGAAAAAACAUCCCUUCUGCGCCCUAUUGAGUUGAAACUUGUCCCUGUGGCUCUGGAAGGUAGUGCUUUCAGGAGUAAAUUUCUUGACACUGAUGAGCUGAUGAGCUACUGUAGUUGGUUUGCAACUUUCAGUGCUUCUAUCCCUAACUGGUUAAGGAAAACAAAAGUCGCGAGAAAGAUAAGCAGUGUGGUUGUGAACCAUCUGGGACUGACAUUGACAAGAGAGGAUCUACAGAAUGUUGUUGAUCAAAUGGAACCAUAUGGUCAAAUUAGCAAUGGAAUUGAAUUAUAUACUCCUCCACUUGAUUGGACAAGAGAGACAAAGUUUCCACAUGCUGUAUGGGCUGCUGGUCGUGGUCUAAUUGCUCUUCUUUUGCCGAAUUUUGACGUUGUUGAUAAUUUAUGGCUUGAGCCCCUAGCCUGGGAGGGAAUUGGAUGUACCAAGAUCACUAAAGCAAAAAAUGAAGGUUCUAUGAACGAAAAUGUAGAAACUAUAUCAUAUCUGGAAAAAAGGCUGGUGUUUUGCUUUGGAUCACAUGUUGCAGCACAAUUACUACUUCCUUUUGGGGAAGAAAAUUUGCUGUCUGCUUCAGAAUUGAAGCAGGCACAGGAGAUAGCUACUAGGAUGGUGAUUCAGUAUGGAUGGGGGCCUGAUGACAGUCCUACAGUUUACUAUCAUGGAAAUGCGGCUACCGCUCUAAGCAUGGGAAACAAGCAUGAAUUUGAGAUGGCAGCUAAAGUUGAGAAGAUGUACUCUCUUGCAUAUGACAAAGCUAAAGAUAUGCUACUGAAAAAUCGACCAGUGCUGGAAAAAAUUGUUGAUGAAUUGCUUGAUUUUGAAAUCUUGACAGGAAAGGAUUUGGACAGAAUUCUUGAAAGUAAUGGUGGACUUCGAGAGAUUGAGCCUUUCUCCCUGUCAAGAGUUUAUGAGAGUGAGUCCUUGUCUAUUAGGUAUCUCGAUGAUGAUGGCAGUGCAUCAGAAACUGCUCUUCUAGGUGCAGCAACUUAGAGAUUGUCAAAGGUAUGCAGUUUACCACUUUAGGACACAGCUGAAUGCCUCUCUUUCAUCCAGGAGGAUGAUUUUGACUUUUUGAGUGGGAAAGAGAAAUUGCUGGAAGUCCGCUACACUCGCUUAUACAAUGUUUUUUGCACAUGAUUGGAGAUCAUUUGUACAUACAGAGCAUAAAAUGUAAGAAGCUGCCGGUUUUUCUUUUUUCUCACCCCACAAUUGUGUACAGAAAUUAGCCUGAGCUGUUUUGAACUCGAGAUUUUGUAAGCAGUUAAGCUCAUGCUUGUAAAAUUUUGGUCUUGAAAGUAAAAGGUAAAAUGCAAGGGAAAAUGAGUAUAAUCUAUUUUUUUGUUCUUAA